AGAAGAACAAGACGAAGAAGAAGAAGAAGAAGAAGAAGAGAAGUUAGCAAGAUGCUGUGAUGCUCUACGUUAUUUCCGUCGUUGCCACAUUGACUAUUCUUUCAUGUGAACAUUAGUCUUUCGUGUAACAAAGUAAACCUCUGGAUAAACUCGUCUCGGCGCACUUGGAAGCGUUCCAACCAAGCGUUUAGCGUCCAAGCGGCGAGCAAAGGGAGGCGGAAGUUAGCCGGCAGAGCCUCAGCGUGAGAGAAAAGUUGUGUUGAUUAUCGUGUGAAAAUGUGUAAAGUGGACAUGCUGAGAACGUUGCUGAAUCAGCGACUGAGUGCAGCCAUUGAGGAAAUUUUAGUGGUGUUUGAAAGAACGAUAGCAGAUUACGAGGAGGAACUUUGUCGGACCAAAGAGGAGAACGAGCGACAACGUCAACUACUGGACGCUGUGUUCAAGCCUCAAGCUGCCUUACACAUCGCAGCAGACGUGAAUCAAGAUCUUAAUGGUGAGCAGCAGGAGUGGAGCUCCGGGGUGGAGCAAGAGGAGCCAAAGGCGUCUUACAUAAAAGAGGAAGAGGAGAGUCGCAGAAUCGCUCCGGAGCCAGAGCAGCUUCAGAGGGUGAAAUUCCCAGUGAUUUGUGUCCCUGUGAAGAGCGAAGAUGAUGAUGACGACAGCCAAAGUGAUGAGAACAAAGGGGCGGAGCCUCCGAGCCGCAGCUCAAACCGAAACACGACAACCGAAAGAGAUCAGGAUCAUUGUGGAGGAUCGCAAGCAGACAGAUCUUUAGCUCCACUAUCUGAUCAUGGAGACACAACAUCUGACACUGGCGAUGAAACCUCGAAAAGUGAUAUGACAUGUCACACUGAUGACACACAUUUGACAUGUCCUCAGUGUGGCAAAACUUUCGUCCGCAAGAGCAAUCUGAAAGAACACAUGAUGAUCCACACAGGAGAGAAACCAUUCGUAUGCUCAUUUUGCGGCAAAGGAUUCUCCCAAAAGGUAAACAUGAUUACACACACAAGAAGACACACUGGAGAAAAACCGUACACCUGCUCACUGUGUAGCAAAGGUUUUUACGAUUGUUCAGGUUUGGUUCAACACAUGAGAACACACACUGGGGAAAAACCUUUUUCCUGCUUGGUGUGCGGUAAAAGAUUCCGCGGAAAGUCAAUUUUGACGCGACACAUAAGGACACACACCGGUGAGAAAGUGUUCAGUUGCAGUGUGUGCGGCCGUAGCUUCUCUUAUAAGUAUCAACUUGAUAAACACACGUGCGCUGGCGAGAGCAACAGCAGAACAUGAAGCUGCAUGACUUUAAAUAAAGUGAAGACUUUCUAACAUUACCACCACUGGGACAUCCUUGAGCCUAACCGCGGCCAAACUUUUGAGUUGCGAGGCAGCUUCCAGAUAUGCUGCCGCUCGAGUCUGUAAUGCCCUCGCAUACGGGCAAGGAGAGCCACAGUCGCCGAGGCACUUUUAGCCGUUUAUUGAACGGGACAAACAGUCAAACACACAAAUAGAAAAUGAGAACACUUGUAAGGAGCUGUCGUAGACCACAAGUGGAGAGACACGUCCGGCUCCUGAUGUUGUCGCUCAUUAGGCCACGCCCCUAAAGGCACACCUCCGACACACAUAUAUUACAGUAUGUACAGUCAUACACUUUAGAUAACUUUUUAUUUAUUUUUUUAUUUUUUUAUACAUUCUCUUAUGUUUUUGUUCAAUAAAGUGCUAUUUUUCUUUAAUCAAAACAUACAAAUUGUUUGUUUGUGGUGCUGGAAUGGGUUAAUGGCGUUGAAAUUCACUUCACUGGGGAGAAUUGUUUAGACCGCUGAUUAAAUUCAGUUACAAGAAUUACAAAUUAAACUCAAAUCAAUGUUCGACUGUAUUUAUUUAUUAAAAAUAAUGUAUCUUUGUUCCUCUAUCUAUACCAGUGACAUAUAGUGACAGGCAGUGGAAUAAAUGGGUGUCCACUAAAUAGCAGAAGGUAAAUUAUCAACCUGUACUAAACAGCAGAAGGUACAGUCACCUUUUAUGACAUUAUUUUCUGAGGUGGUGUGGCAUUAGAUUUUUCCAAUGUAAAAUAUGGGCCUUGGCUCAAUAAAGGUUGGGAAACACUAAAGUUUGUGGUGUAUUGAUCGUGUAGUUAUUUGUUCUACAACCCCAAUUCCAGUGAAGUUGGGACGUUGUGUUAAACAGAAUACAAUGAUUUGCAAAUCAUGUUCAACCAAUAUUUAAAUGAAUACACUACAAAGACAAGAUAUUUCAGGUUCAAACUGAUCAACUUGUUUUUAGCAAAUAAUCAUUAACUUAGAAUUUUACGGCUGCAACACGUUCCAAAGAAGCUGGGACAGGUGGCAAAAAAGACUGAGAAAGUUGAGGGAUUUCCCUGAAAGUGAGGCAACGUGGAGCGUAAUGACACCUCCACACCGAAGGAGGCAGUAACGCAUUAGAAUUUAGGCACUGUCGCGUCUAACAGGAAGUAAACUCAAAGGGGGAAAGAAAGCUGUCAGCGCGACCUUUUGUCUGUAAUUAUUACAUUUUUCAUGAAUUAUUCGCGAAGUCGUCUCGGUGCUCGUUGAAGCUCAUCGAGUGUAGCUUAGCCUGCUAGCUGAUAGCAAACAGGCGGAAGUGUCAUGAUUAUCGUGCGAAAAUGUGUAAAGUGCAAAUGCUGAAAGCGCUGCUGCAUCAGCGGCUAAGUGCGGCCGUCGAAGAAGUGUUUGUGGCGUUCCAAAGAACCCUCGCAGAGUACGAGGAGGAACUCAGUCGCACAAGGAAGGAGAACGAGAGGCAACGUCAACUACUGCGCGCUGUUUUCAAGAAGCCUCAUGAGAAAUCAGAUCGAGCAGACAUCAGUGAAGAGCCUCAUACUGAGCAACAGGAGUGGUGUUCCAGGGUGGAGCAGCAGCAGGAGCCAGAGCUCCACCACAUCCAAGAGGAUCAGGAGCCAAAACUCGCACACAUUAAAGAAGUGGUGCGGGAGGAGGCUGAUAUCACCGAGUCACGAUUCUCUUGUGUCAUUGUGAAGAUUGAAGAGGAAGAAGUGGGCAAUGGAGACCACUGUGGAAGAUCGCAAGCAGACAGUAUGUUAGAGCCACUAUUAGAGAGUGACAACAUAACGUCGCGCUCUUCUGACCCUAAUGGUGAUGAACACUCUAAAGAUGAUACGACAUGUCGUCAGUGUGACAAAACAUUUGGUACAAAGUCCGCGUUGAGGGUGCACAUGAGAAAGCACACUGGAGAGAAACCAUUUCCUUGCUUAGUUUGUGGCAAAAGAUUCUCUGUGAAGGGAAUUUUAAAAACACAUGCAAGAACACACACUGGCGAGAAACCCUUUUCCUGCUUAGUGUGUGGACAUAAACUAACUCAAAAGUCCAACUUAACAAGCCACAUGAAAACGCACACAGGCGAAAAACCUUUUGCUUGCUCAGUGUGCGGUAAAAGCUUCUCUUUCAGGACAAGUUUAAUAAACCACAGAAGAAUACACACUGGGGAGAAACCAUUUACCUGUUUAGUUUGUGGUAAAAGCUUCUCUACAAAGGUACAUUUAAAAAUACACCUACGAACGCACACUGGAGAGAAACCUUUUACCUGCUCAGCGUGUGGGAAAACAUUUGUUCAGAAGGCACAAUUAAACAGACACACCAAAACACACAGAGAACCCCGUUGACAGCUCAGUCUGCACCUUUAAAUUCAAUGAACAUUCAGAAUUGGUUAAACACAUGAGAACAAACACCGGUUAGAAAGUGUACAUUGUCAGUGGGUAUGAUGUAUUAUUCUCUUAUAAGUACUAGUUUGACAAACACACGUGUGCUGGUUAAUAAUAGGGUUAAGUAUCCAAUGUGUAAGCAUUCUUACACAUAUUUUUUUUGGGUCUAAAUUUGAGUAUCAGCCGAUAUGGUGUCUCGAUCCGAUAACUUGGCAAUGCAUGUAAAAAAAAAAAAAAAAAAGAGUGCAUCCAAAUUCUCACAGCUGCCUUAAUUUUUUUAUAUAUUCAAAUAAAGGAAACACAACAUGAUAUCAUUUUAUGUGGCUAUAAUCUAGUGCAGCAGUGGUUCAAACACAGUCAACGAAUGAAAUCUAUUUAUUGCUUUGGAGUGGCGUAGCACCAAAUAAUGAUACUGACAAAUGAUCAAAUUAGAACAUGCAAUAGUGUAGCGUCUGAAAUGUAGGGGGUGUAAAGUCAUUCUUGCCACAAACAGACUCAGAAGCUCAUUCUAUCUUGGAGCAUACGUGGAAAAUAAAUAAUAAUUAACGGACUAUUAGGGGCGAGAGGUCGUCCGUUAAAGCAGAUUGUCAGUUAAAUUGAAGCACUAUUUUUGUGGCCGAAAAACACCAUCAAGGUACAAAGUGAUUGUUUUGUACUUUUUUUCGUGAGCUAAAUACGCAAAAUUAUUGGAAAUAAAUACAAAAAAAGCUUUCAAAUUUGGAUCCAAGUUUAUGUGCAGGAAAGGGGUGAUUUUGAGUUCCAACUGGACACUUUUCUGUCCGUUAAAUCCAAAGUCAGUUAAAUCGGGGUCCGUUAAAUCAAGGUGGCACUGCAGUUGGAUUGAUUGGUCAUGCCUGGAGUGUGAGGCACAACGAUGAUUACAUUAGUGUAGCAAUAGAGCUAAUACAAUACCCUACACAUCAAAAUAACGAUAUAAACGAUAAAUGGUUGUAUCAUACAGUAGAUGUUUUCUCCCGUCAGUCAGCUCUAUCGAUCGAUCAAGUGUUGUAGUGGAAAUGAACUAUAGUAUAUAAACAGAUACUACUACUUAAUCUUCAUGUGACCAAAUACACGGAAAAUACCAUCAAGAGAGUGUAAUGGAUUUUUCUUUUGACAUGAGCAGUUGGCCCGCGACUAAAACUAUUCUGGUAUUCUGUGCUCCCUCUAAUUGUAAACUUUUCCACCGGUAGCAGUGGUGAGACCAACUUUCUCAGUUGGUGGCACCAGCACAUGAUUUGGUCACACCCUUUAUGGAGGGUACGGCAUGACCAAGCAUGAUAUACCACAGCUUCGUAUGAAAUAAAGAUGGACAGUGACUCGACUUA